UGUCUAUUAAUGUCUAUCAAGUAUCAACUAUGUCAAUCGUCAAAUAGCCGCAAAGUGAAAUGAUUAUUUAGGCUUUGUUUGUUUUUUGUAGUAAAUGUAAAGUUUUUAAAAUCUAACCAUGAACCUAUCAGAAGAAAAUAACUUUUCAAAUGGCCUUCUGUACGUGGGUUUUAACCAAGAUCAAGGCUGCUUUGCUUGUGGAACAGAAAAUGGAUUUAGAGUUUUCAACAGCGACCCACUAAAAGAGAAGGAACGACAAAACUUCGCAGAAGGAGGACUCUCGUACGUCGAAAUGCUAUUUCGAUGCAAUUACAUGGCUCUAGUCGGCGGAGGCAAGACACCUGUUUAUCCUCCAAAUAGAGUGAUAAUAUGGGACGACCUUAAGAAAGAUUCAGCUAUAUCAUUAGACUUCAAUAGCCCCGUCAAAGCUGUGAAACUUAGAAGAGACCGCAUCGUAGUUGUUUUGGAAAACUUGAUAAAAGUGUAUACUUUCACUGCACAGCCACAAAUGUUGCAUGUGUUUGAAACAUGUCAGAAUUCGAAAGGAUUGUGUGUUGUCUGUCCAAACAGCAAUAACGCACUACUUGUGUAUCCAAGUCGGAAAAUUGGUCAUGUGCAGCUGGUGGAAUUAAAUACACACGUUGGGACCAGCAACACACCAGACGGCCAUCUUAUAUCAGCUCAUGAAGCUCCGCUCAGUUGUUUGGCUCUCAAUGUUGGAGGUACUAGACUGGCAACCGCAUCCACCAAGGGAACACUUAUUAGAGUUUUUGAUACAAAUACUGGUCAGAAGUUAGCUGAACUUAGGAGAGGUGCUCAUCAAGCCACAAUAUAUUGUAUAAACUUCAACCACACCAGUACAAACCUGUGCGUGACUUCAGAUCACGGUACGGUGCAUGUAUUUAGUCUAGAGGAUGAUAAAUUAAACAAGCAAUCAAGCCUCGCGACUGUCAACUUUCUACCAAAGUACUUUUCAAGUAACUGGAGCUUCUGUAAAUUUACUAUACCAAAUGGUCCGCCGUGCAUUUGUGCGUUUGGUGUCGAUAAAAGUUCUAUUAUUGUGAUAUGUGCUGAUGGUUCGUAUUACAAAUAUAAGUUCAAUGAUAAAGGGGAAUGCACACGAGAUGUAUAUGCUCAAUUCCUAGAGACAUCGGAGGACAGAUAAAUGUGAUUUGUUUUAAAGAUAAUAACUCUAUUGUUAAAUAUUAGCACUGUAUAGUCCUGGCCUUGUAAAAACUAUAUUUUAUGGUUGCUUGUAAUUAAAAAAAAAAAACCGGUCAUUAGAUUUCAACUUCUGAUAAUACUAUUAUUGAUGUUAAAAUUCUAAAUGCAUAGUGUAUUUCGAUAAUUUACUCACUGUAAACUGAGGCUAAUUUUGUGUUUAUUCCUUAUAUAAAUGAAUGGUUCCAAAUACAGGUGAUAAUGUUUCAAAGAAAUAUUAUUCAGGAAUGCAGUGCUCGAUUUUGAUACACAUCAUUUGUAUGUUUAUAAUUGUUGUAUAAAAUUAUCUAAAAGAUUUUAUAAAACUUAGAAUGUAUGUAGUUUGUAUGCAAAAUAAAUUAUAGAUCUCAAAAUCCUGAAUAUGGCAUAUAACAGAUAUUUUAGUGUUACAUAUAAAUAUUUUAACUAUUUCCAUGUCUAAAUUAUGUUUGUAGUGCCUUAGUUAUGAAGAUAGGUAAGAAUCUAUUUUAUUGCAAGCAUAAUGAGGUUUAUCGUAUCGACCCAAACAUAAGAACCAAAUAAAAUUUUCAAAGAAAUCAUUAAAGGUGAUAGCGAGAAGUAUACAUUUUUGUGUUCCAAAAUAUAUUGUCCACCAAAAAAAAAAAAAAAAUUAUAUCAAAUAAAAAAACUGUAACAGUUGUUAAUAAGACUUAAAACUAUUUGGUGUCACUAAUUAACUUUAAAAUUUUUGUAGUUAUAUAGAUAUUCGAUUAUAUAUUAUUUCUUAAUACUAUUCAACCAUUAAAAGUAUGUUUUACAUCUACCCUCAAUAAAAAGUUAACAGUACAUAAGACUGGUUAGGUUUUCUUUAGUAUGAGGUGGACUGAUUAAUUACCAGGUUUGUUAUAAUUGAAUAAAUACAGCUAUUUAUUGACGAUAAUAUUUAAACAUUAUAAAUUUUUUUUACCAAAUUAUAAUUUUUAUUUAUAUUUUCAAUUGUGAUGUAAUUUAUAUAUGGCUUGUUAACAUUUUCCUUUCAUAAUUACCAAUAUAUAUAGA